AUGGCCUGGAGCCUUGUCCUCCUUGAGCUCCUCACUGCACAGGUGGGGACAGGUCCCAGUGCCCGAGGGCGGCCCCCCAGCCUGAGUCAGGUCGCCUGGCUCAGCUCCUCAACCACAGGCACCCAAUCCCUUCUCUUCCUUCUGAUGUGUGUGUUUGCAGGCUCCCUGUCCCAGCCCGUGCUGACCCAGCCGCCCUCCCUCUCUGCAUCUCCGGGAACAACGGCCAGUCUCACCUGCACCCUGAGCAGGGACAUCAGUGUUGGCGGCUCUAACAUCUACUGGAUCCAGCAGCAGCCAGGGAGCCUUCCCCGGGACCUGCUGUACUACUCCUCAGACUCCGAUAAGCACCAGGGCUCCGGGGUCCCCGGCCGCUUCUCGGGCUCCAAAGACGCCUCGGCCAAUGCAGGACUUCUGCGCAUCUCAGGGCUGCAGGCCGAGGCCGAGGCGGACUCUCUCUGGGCUACAGCUCACGGCAGUGGGAGCAGCCACCGCUCCUCACAGCGUCUCAGAGAAGGAGGAAGUGAGACAAAAAGCCCUGGACCCACAGGCCUUGUCUCUGAGUGUCUUUUAUUGAGAAACUUCUGUGGAGGCUUCUGUAGGGGAGUGUCCUCUGUGGGGAGACCUGUCUUUGCAGAGGAAGGACAGACACACAGAUUAUGGUGUGGCCUGAGCCAGCACAGGUGUCCCAGUAGAACACCUGGGUGA